GAAAAAAAAUCGCGUUGCCCUUGGCAGUAGCCUAUUUAUCGAGAGGAGCGCGCGACCGCCGCGAGCUGUGCCGAUAAGGGGCGAAUUUCGGCCAGCCGCCCACCUGCGAGCUCACCGUCACUCGCUACUUCCCGUCCGUCUGUAAAGACAUACGUCGGUCGGUCGUGUUUCCUCGCCACGCUGUAACACGUUUUCCACGAAAGAGAGACUCGGGACGGGAUGCGCGGCGCUCAUUCGCGACUAGAAAGAGAGAAAGAGAACCCGUCUUGUCGCGAGUGCCUCUUCCCUCCCCUCUGCCGCUACGUCACUCUUCUCUCUCGCACUCCCUGCGUCGUGAAUCGUAUUGCGUAUCGCGCUCUCCGUCUCUGUCUGUCUGUCUGACCGUCCGGUUCCCCUCCGCUUCGUCGAUCUAUCUCUGUUCCUCUGCGCGUGCGCCCGCGCGCACGUGUGAGGGUGUGUGCGCGCGUGUGUGUGUGUGGCGCGCGCGCGCGGGUGAGUGUCGGUGUUUAUUCUUGCACGCGUAUGAUAGCACGCGCGUGCACUCGUGUGUAUACACGUCACCGUCGUGGACCACGCAGUAAAUUGUGUUAUUCGGAGAGACAAACAGGUGCAGGAGGAGGGCUCCGUGCUCCGCGCUCGCUCGUAAAACGGCCGCACUUCGUGGCGUACGCGAGCUGACGGCUUCGCUCGUGGUGGCUCCGCGCGAAUUACUUCCUCGCGCGAGGAAUGCGCGAGCGGCGGUGGCACGUCUGAGGAGCCGUUGAGGAGCCUCGGCGCGCCCGAGACGCGGCCCGAGAUCGGUGGCGGGCGAAAUUAGACGAAACCGCGUGACAGGUGGAUUCGAGGCGUGCCGAGACGCGGAGAGAAAGAGAGAAGGUGAGUGAGAAAGGAAGAGAAAGAGCGAGAGACGAGGACGGAGCGAAGGAGGGAGCAAACUGCGAAGCGAGAGUGAGAGAGUGCCGUCUCGCAACAUCUCGGAGUAGUCGGGCGCGAUCGCGGGGGAUCUUCCCUACUUGGUUCCGACGCCGUCGACGUGGAGCGAGAGAAGACCGAAGGUGAUCGUGAGAUUGUGACCGUUCUGUUGCCGCAGUCAUCGUCGUCAUCGUCGUCGUCGUCUCGUGGCUGGCCAUGGCUCGCCAUUGUUAUUGUUGUCGUUCCUCCUAACCUACGAGAAGGUGGACGUCCGCGACUGCCACUGCGAGAGGAAGAGAGAGGGACGCGGUGCGACACGACGCAGCAGCAGCAGCAGCAGCAGCACGCCCUCGGACCUCGGGGAACGCAGCGACGAGCGCACAUGCAACCCGGCUGGCGGUGCUGUUGCUCGCGCGCAUCGCCGUGUAUAUUUACGUCCCGAAACGUGCUGUCGUGCUCCCGCCGUGCGAAGGCGCGCUCGCGCUCGCGAGAGCCGCUCCCGAUAUCGUUUCCGUCGUGACUGUCAAUGUGCGACGGACCUGAGCGCGCGAUAACAGCGUCGACGACGAGGACGGCACGUUUCCCCGUAUCGGAGAGAAGCAUCGUGGCGUUGGAAGGCGCAGUUCGCUGACACGUUGACGGCCGUUAUUGUUAUGCUCGCGAAAGUGCGCGGAUCACGCUCCACCAAGGCGAUCGAGCAGCGACGUUAAUCGGCUAGAGGAGCGACAGAGACAGAGAUAUAUCUGUUAUUUAUUAAGAGAUUGAUUGAUCGAUCGAUUGAGCUUUUAUCGUCGGUCUAGGGACGUGUCCUCUAAGAACGUUUGAAAUAAACAAAAAAUGAUACGGAAACUAAAAAAUUUUUAACGUUGGAGAGAAAUCAGAAUCGACAAGGAAAACAUAGUGAAACUCAAAAAUAAUACAAUUGAGGCGCGCAGAAACACAAAAAGUUAAAGAAGAUUAUGUACAAAAAAUUGGAAAUGAAAUCAGUAUAAAACGCAGAAUAUAACAAAUAAGUAAGGCGAAAGAGAGAGAGAGAGAGAGAGAGAGAGAAAAGAGAAUAUUUGGCGCAAGUGUGGGAAUUGUCGUCGUUUCUCGGCCACAAUGAAAUGAACUUUUGCACCGUUGUGCGUCACGCGGUCUUUCGGUGAGGACGAGGCGCACGUGUGACGACGUGCUCUCGGCGCGUUCCGCGAACCGCGCACGCCGACUCGCAUGCUCGAGGAGAAAGGAACAGGCAGCGGGAAGCGAGCGGGGACGAUAAUAUAGCCGGGAUACCAUGUGAAUGAUACGGAGAACGCGAAGGGCCCAAACGCUUGUACCCGCGUACUCGAGGGAUUCGUUGAUAAUCGUGCGACAACGACGAAGACGACGACGACGACGAUCUUCUCGAUCGUCAUCCCGACGAUGUCCUCGGGCAGGGGCCCGGCGUCGCCCUCGGGCGGGCCCGUGAUCCGCUCCGGCCACCUGAAGAAGCUCAAGACGAUGAAGAAGAAGUACUUUGUACUGCGCGGCGAGAGACCCGGCUGCCUCGCCUGCCUCGAGUAUUACGACAGCAAGAAGAAAUUCGAGAACAGGCAGCCGCCGAAGCGCAGCAUACUGCUGCACAGCUGCUUCAACAUCAAUAAGCGAGGCGACACCAAGCACAAGCAUGUGAUCGCGCUCUACACCAAGGACGAGUGCUUCUGCCUGAUCCUCGACAGUGAGAAGGAGCUGGACGAGUGGCUCAAGGCGAUGCUCAGGCUACAGAGCGGGGACGUGCCCGACGGGGAACAGCCGCGGCCUACAUUCGAACACGUAUGGCAAGUCACAAUGCAAAAAAGAGGUCUAGGAGCACGAAAGAACAUUCACGGACCCUACAGAUUAUGCCUCACCGAUCAAACUUUAAGUUUAGUGAAGAUUGGGGCACAGGAUAACUCUGAUUCUAUCGAGAUUUCUCUAAAUUAUAUUAGACGAUGUGGAUUUGCGAAUGAUAUAUUCUACAUAGAGGUUGGCCGAUCCGCUGUAACCGGAGAUGGCGAAUUUUGGAUGGCAGUCGAAGAUAACAAUAUCGCGCUCAAUAUGUACGAUGUAAUAACGACUGCGAUGAGGAAUUCGAAGAGUAACAAAGACGAAGUUGGGCCUCGCCAGAGAACGCGUAGUUCCUCCGCCAACGAAGCCAGCAAACCUAUAUCCGUUCUCCAAAGACGGCAUACGGGUCAAAAGCUUCAUGGCUUUUCGCCCCUGGAGGAACAGAAGACAUACAAGGAGCAAGUGGAACCACUGCAAGAGCAGACUGCUACUUCCUCUGUUCUCACACAGUGUAGUCAAUCUCGGAAUACCUCCUCCACCAAUACAGUCACGGCCGUUGCUGGUACCGGGGCUUGGACUACUGGGAUUGCCACGACUAAUGCCAACAGUGCCGGUACCGCUAGACGUCGUCAUUCGGUAGCGAGUCAUCCUCAUUCCGUCAAUAAUUCCCAAUCCGUUCACAAUGUCACAACAGCAACAAAUGCAAUUAUGACUACCACUACUGUCACUACCACUACCAUCACUGCAACCACCACUACCAUCACCACCACCAUUACUGCGACCGUCACCGCGACGAUCACUACAACCACAACCGCGACAAUAUCCCAUCAGAGAACCUUGUCGCUGCCCUUAGCUGCCGUUAUUAUCAAUCAAACGCAACCAUCUAAAAGAUCCGUUUUACGGUGUGCUACAGGGCGCGAUCGAUGCGACAGUUUGCCGUCGAGAGCUCGUACUACCAGUGAGGGACAACCAACUACGGUUGUGUUAAGCCAUCCUAGAGGAGCCCAUAUUAUGUCGCACGUACCGCGACCGCAUUCCAUGUGUGGCCGAGGCCUCUCAUAUUCUCCACCAAUCGCGUCGAUGCCUAUUAGUCCAUCUUCCGACGUCUGUUCAUCGGAUUCGGCCGGAUCGUCACCCUCGAUGGAUGAUUGUGGUGAGAAUAUUUUAGAAGAAAGCACUGUCUCGAGGUACGGGCAUUCCUUGACACCUGACGAGCCUGUAAUCUUAGACAAGAAAGGUGACGACUAUGCCCUGUGGUCGACAUCGCAUCCACAUUUGAAAUACUCGCCAAACUUUAAAUCUCAUUCGCCCUCUCAGAGUUCCUACCAGAGUGAAAUGUACAGCCCCUGUGGAUCGAGUCCGGGCCGUGGAGGCGUAUAUAUGCCCAUGAGCCCGGCGACAACGGCCCAUUCGCAUUCCCGUGGAUCAUCCCUUGUGGAGGAAAGCAACGUGGAUGGCUACGUGCCGAUGGCACCAGUUGGAGAUGACGGUUACGUCGAUAUGGAUCCUGUAAAUAGUCACAACGGUCACUUUCCGGACGAUAUGUCGCAAAACGAUGGCAGUAGCUGUUCUGUUACGUCUGGCACGCCUAGUACGGAUCUGCGGUUUUCUGAGUAUCAUUUGGACAAGGUAACCAGCUUUUUAACACCCGGGGAAGAUCUGCAAGCCAGACCAACUAGAGCUUACUCCGUUGGAUCGAGACCGGAACAAGCCAACAGGCAUCGUAAAAACAGGUUGGACAUUACUCCGCAAGACGCCAACAGAGUACGAGCAUUUUCCGUAGGUAGUCGGUCUAAGAGGCCCGAGAUUGGAAGGUUAGCCAAUGUAAUUACUGCGCCAUUACCUGCUGGUUCGGAAACCUCGAAUUCGAAGUCGAGUUCCGCGCCGUUGCUGUCGAGCUCUUGGGGACACAAUUCGGGUUGCUCCGGAGCGUCCGAUCGCAUGGAGGAUCUCAUGGAGUUGGAUUUCACGAGGCCCAGUAUUCCAACCGCUCUCUCUUCGCCUCCGACAUCAUGUUCCCAACCUCAGUCGCAACCGCAACUGUACUCUACUUAUUCUACUGCCACCGACACUAGUUCCUACGUCGACAUGUCGCCCGGACAAGCUCCCAUAUCGACUACUGCCCCAUACGUCGAUAUGAGUGGUAUAAAUAAGAUCAAUCGCAAUAACAAUAAUAAUACAAUCACUGCCAACCACAAUCAUAGCCACAUGCAUAUAUCAUCGCUAACUUUCGCUCAUAAACCUGUAAUUACAACUUUAAAACCAGUAGAAGAAGCGGAGGGACCUUAUAUGAAAAUGGACGGUACGAUAGAGAUAGAUUGGACGCAUUCGGAAGCGAGUCCGAAACAAUUGUCAUCGCCUAUUCAAGAGGAUAUCUAUCAAACAAAUGGGCCACCAGGUAGCACAAGAACGGCACCUGUAGAUCUUCCGCAACCGAGGCGUCCUCCGGAGGGCUACGUCGAGAUGUCUUUUAAAGCGCGGCCGAGUUUAGAACAAGACUACAUAAAUAUGAGUAUGGGUGGGAACAAUCGUAAAACACGAACGGGCAAUCGCAAGGAAAAAUCGCGAUCGCAACCAAUCGCGAUUCAGGCGGGCAGCAAGCCACCUAAAACUCCAAAUUUUCUACCUUUGAACGGAAGUCCGACAUCCGAGAGUCUGGCGAGCACGCCCGCCUCUCCGCCGCGAGCAACACCAACGGGUUCAUCGGCCACGAUUUUUCCCUUUUCUCUGAACAGUCCUCAGUCACCUGUGAAACCUUUCACGAAAAAAAACGAUGAGUUCUCCACGACAGAAGGAGAAGAUUUUUCUAACCAAAAUAAGAACAAUGAAUACGCGGUGAUGGAACCCGCAAAGAAGAUUUACACGUCGUGUUCUACCCCAUUGACGGAGACGAUAUCCUCGUCGAAAGCGAAUAGCGAGAAGCCACCUAGUCCUGUAGAGAAGAAUGUUCGAGUUAUAUUAAAGUCUUCGUCAUCGCAAGAACACGGUAAGCCCAUUAACGUAAUAACGAAAAAACUGUCGGAUCUAACGGUGUCGAAACCGCGUCUCGUCACGGCCUCGCCAAACACCAGUCCUACUCUGACGGGUUUCAAGCCGUCGACCGCGCAACAGUCGAAGCCAUCCUCGCCAAAGUUCAUCGACGAGACUCCCACGCCUACGCCCACAUCUACACCCACGCCCACGCCAAGUCCGUUGGACAGCGAGGGCUACGAGAAGCUUCAACCGGGCGCGACAAUACUGCAUUACGCUAGUCUCGAUCUGCCGGAGGUCGAUAAUCCAGCGCCCGUGUCACCGGCGUCCACACAGGAGAAUUUCACCUACGCCGAGAUUGACUUCGCGAAACUCAAGCAGACCUAAAAUAUGCGCUGUCCUGAAUGCGCAUAUUUUGCCGCCCCCGUGUCGCGUACAAGGCUGUGCGUGACGGGGUGGUUUGGCUGACGCCUCUUGUGUUCCCCACGAUAGCAACGAGUAGGCAGGGUAUAAUCGAUCGUUCUGACAUUGGCUCUGCUGGUCUAACGAACAAGGCGCCGGGUAGGAACUGUAUAUAAUUCAUUUCUUUUUCUCUCCAGCCUAAUGGCAUUAUAUCGCUCGCCGAUCUUUCUGAUGUAAUAGAUUGGCAGCCUAUUUUAAAUUGUUUGAGAAAUAAGCAUCGUUGGUACCUAUAGUUCUGGUUGUACUGCAUUAAUAUCGUAUUUUAUCGGAAUGAUGUGAAAUUUUUUAAUAUAGGCGAAAUAUACUUUUUUUCUCGCUGAUUCCGAAGAGAGUCCUCAAAUCUGUCCACAUGUAUGCUAUUUCUAAUAUUAAACGAUCGGUAAUUUAACGGAAAAGAGCAAAUUACAAAAACAUUAUCUUUUAUUUUUAGUUAAAAUAAUGUAUUUGUAUAAUUGGGGUUAGUAGAAGGAAUUUUUUGAUAUUAGAAUAUAUCAUCUAGUUAAAUGAGAGUCGCUUGUAAAAAUGUAUAAAUCUUUUAAAUUUUAAUUUUGUUAGUGGAUUUGCGUGUUAUCUCUAUCAAAAUUUGUUUUGUUUUGUAUUAUAUUUCCAGAUGCUGACAAGCCAAAUAUGUAUAAGUCAAUUCUUUUGAGAUAUAUAUAGAUAUAUA